CUCCCAGGCAAGUGCUCUAUAUCGCUGACGACAAUGAGAUACGUAGCCUCGACCCUUCUAUGCCAAACUGGCGCUAUGAGCAGAUCUUCCAGGGCGACGCCAACGUGCGCAUUGAUGCCAUGGACCUGCACGUCAAGACCAAUCGUAUUUACUGGACAAACUGGCACACAGGGCGUAUUUCUUCUUAUGAUUUGCCUUCGUCCUCCUCGUCACCAAAUAGCAACCGAAACCGCCGCCAAAGUGACUCCAGGGUUAACAAUGUGGAGAUCCCUGACCUGAAGAUGCCCCGGGGCAUUGCUGUGGACUGGGUGGCGGGGAACUUGUACUGGACUGACUCUGGUCGAGAUGUCAUCGAGGUGGCCCAGCUCAAUGGGGGACGCCACCGUAAAACUCUCAUCUCAGGCAUGAUCGAUGAGCCUUACGCCAUUGUGGUCGACCCCCGAGAGGGUCUAGCAGUGGACUACUUUAACGAGCGUCUGUACUGGGCCGAUGCUAAACUCUCCCUAAUCUGCAGUGUGAGGCUGAAUGGAAGCGAUGCUGCUGUGGCUGUAAACAGCAUUAAAAACAAGCUCCAUCACCCGUUCAGCAUCGAUGUGUUUGAGGACUUCAUCUACGGUGUCACCUACACCAACAACUAUGUUUUCAGGGUGAAUAAGUUUGGUAAAGGCCUUAUUGAGAACCUGACAACUGGAAUGAACCACGCCACAGAUAUAGUUUUGUACCACCGCUAUAAGCAACCUGAGAUGACUAAUCCAUGCGACAGGAAGAAAUGUGAAUGGCUGUGUCUUCUGAGCCCCAGUGGUCCCGUCUGCAUCUGUCCCAAUGGACGCACGCUGGACAACGGAACAUGUGUGGAGCUGCCCCUCCCACUCUAUCUCCGAUCUGUGACACCCCCCAGUGGUCCUUGCUUGGUUCAGUGUAUGAACGGGGGCAGCUGUUUCCUGAACGCUCAUAAGCAGCCUAAGUGUCGCUGCCAGCCGAACUACGGAGGGGAUCGGUGUGAGAUUGAUCAAUGCAGGGACUACUGCAAGAAUGGAGGCACAUGUACACCCUCCCCUACAGGCUCUCCUACCUGCCGAUGCCUGAUAGGAUUUACAGGACCAAACUGUAACCUACACACCUGUAAGGAUUACUGCAAAAAUGGAGGCAACUGCACAGUCAGUGCGGGAAACCAGCCAACCUGCCGAUGCCCCGCUGACUUCCAGGGCGACCAGUGUCAAUACAGGAGCUGUGAAGGCUACUGCCUGAACAAAGGUACCUGUCUGCAGAGGGAAAACGGCUCCAAACUGUGCCGCUGUCUGCCUCAGUACACUGGCGGCAUGUGUGAGGUUGACAAGUGUCACUACUGUCGAGACGGAGAAUGUAUCCCCAGCAACAGUUUUACAUCUACAGGAGACUUCACCUGCCGCUGCUCCAAUGGUAGAAUCCAACCCAGCUGUUACACAUGUGAUACAAAUGAGUAUUGUGCAAAUGGCCAGUGCUCCAUCAACCCACUGACCCGGCUGCCAGAGUGCAGAUGUUCUCCUGGCUGGGCGGGGCAUCGCUGUGAGUCGGUGGCCAGCAUUGAUGUUGAGCCUGGUACAGGUGGACGAACGGCCUCCAUAGUGAUCCCAGUGCUGCUGCUGUUGCUGCUGGUUCUGCUGGCUGCAGGAGCUCUGUUCUGGUACAGAAGAAGAAUCAGAGGGGCUAAAGGCUUCCAGCACCAAAGGAUGACAAACGGGGCCAUGAAUGUCGAGAUUGGAAACCCUGCCUACAAGAUCUACGAGGGUGAGCCUGAUGACGAUGCAGGGGAGCUCCUAGACGUAGACUUCACACUUGACCCUGACAAGCCCACAAACUUCACAAACCCAGUAUAUGCCACUCUGUACAUGGGGGCUCAGAACAGUCGCAACUCUCUUGCCAGCACAGACGAGAAGAAGGAGUUGUUAUCCCGUGGAGACGAGGAGCCCCUUGUGGACCCCCUGGCAUAGACUGUUUAUAGGCCUGAAUCAUGAUAUUCCAAACACACCCCUCUUCUUGCCUUUAACAAAAAAAGAAAGAAAAAAACGAAAGAAAAAAAAUCUUUAAAAAGUGUGAGAGAAAAUUGAUAAAAAGUGUGAACACUGUAUAAAUGUACAAAAAUGAAGGACUACUUUUGUAUGUGAUUGCAGUAUUAUAUUUUGUUCUUUUGAGAUUCCUCUGGUCAAAAAUGAAUAACAUUUUCUAUGAGAGAUUUUUAAUUUACACUUUGUCCCUUACCCUUUACCUAAAUAGCCACUACCUCUGUGCAAAAUGAAAUGGAAACAAGAAAAAUCCGAAGAAAAGAUGCUAUCAUUGGAGCAAUUUUAAUUUUUUAUUUUUGUAUGAAUUGUAUAGAAAAGAAAAAAACAUUGUUCCAUUUCACCAGUGCCAACUGUUUGUUGUUUGUGUUGACUUUGAGCGGGAAAGGUAAAACUCAAAGUUUUCUAAAUCGGUACAUAUGUUGUCUUGCUGGGUUUCUUUAGCGAGAUUGUGCGAGACAGAGUUGUGAUAGCACCAUUUGUGUAUAGCACAUGUACAAUGUUGAUACCAGAUGGCAACUACAGUAUUUCCACAUGAAUUUUUCUCGGAGAACAAUUUUCAUGAAAUGAUUGUGUUGUCUUCCUUGCACAGGAUACAAACUUUACGGUAUAGUGUAUACUGUAGGCUUUAUACCUUAAGAUGUCAAACAGGUAUGUUUGUUUUUAUGACAUUGUGUGAUCGUUUGGAGCUCGUGUUGCUGGAUGAGUGGUGUUUUGAUUUAGGAUGAUGGAGAUUGAGGAGGUUGGUUAAUGUGUUAAACAUUCCAGGCAGAGUGGUUGGUGGAGAUCACAGACGUGUAGAGAUGGUAAGGGUGGAUGACUUCAUAGGUGGCUGAUAAUCGGAGGUCCGCAGCAGAUACAGAACUCUAAUGGAUCCUCUCUAGUCUGCAGUUUGUUGUCUUUUAAAGGGGUCUUCCUGUGAAAGAAAGAGGCUGCAAUUACAGUAAAACUGAAGGAAAAAAGGUGACCCAGAAGGUUCUUUUUUUUCUUCUGUCCAGUUCCUUUGUAAAAACCAGAUAGCAUCUGGAUUUGUGUCUACAUUUAUCUUUUACCUUUACAGGAGUGAUGUCUGUAUGUUCACAGUUUUGUAUAGACUCAGUCUUAAGUGCAUUAUGUCCAUUCAUGUGUUCUCUGGCAUUUCUCUACUCUUUCUUAUCUCUCUUUCGCCCUGCUGCUGCUAAUGCUACCAUUCUGGUCGCUCUGGCACGUCCUCACGCUCAGCCUCUGUCCCAAAAUGCUGCUUCUGUCAGAAAUGUGUCAGCCAUAUCUUAAUGCAUGUGAAAAGUAACACCAAUCUCUUAAUGUAACAACAAUAACAAGUUUUUAUUUUGCUUACCUGCCAGCGAGUGUUAUUUUAUGCUGUUGUAUGUUUGUCUUUAAUGGAGAGAUAAGUACAAUCAUUUUACCUAAAGGACAUUUUUGCAAAAUCAUACAUGCAUUUUCAAAAUUGUUUUUUUUUUCUUCUGAUUAGUCUUGUUUUUGUUUUUUAAUGAAAAAUGACACAUAGCUUUUAUAGUACACAAUGCAUGGAGGCUCAGUCUUUCUUCUGGAAAGAGAAUAAUGUUUAAUUUUUGCUGGAGUACUUUACAAACUAAGUAACAGAUAUUGUGAUAAAUAAAACUUUAAAAAUUGUACAGAAAACAA